AUGAUCUAUUCAUCUUCGCUUCUUCGCUGCUCCUCGCCGUGGGUCGCGCCGCUUCGCUGCUCCUCGCUGUGGGUUCUCGCCGCUUCACUGCUCCUCGCUGUGGGUCGUCGUCGCUCUCCCCUCCUCGUCGUUCCUCCUUCGCCCUUCCUCGUUGGCGUUGUUUCUGCUUCUAUGCUCCAAACCAUGUCUCACCGUCGUUGCUUCUCUUCUUCACGUGGAGUCUCGAAGUCAAAGCGACUACCUUUUCUCGUGUUUCAUGUCUUAGUCUCUGCUUUAACCCUCUCAGUAUAUAUCAACAUGUUUGUGUGGAAUGUAAGGUCAGAGAAAACCAAGAUUGGGAGCAUGAUAAGUGCUGCUCUGAGCAAACUUGCAUCAAGUGGUGCGUUCCACCGGGACGCUGCUCUUAGCUUUCUUACUUGGUUCAGAGAUGGUCUGGUGGAGAAGAUAGAUGAGGUAGACUCUGUGGUCUUGGAGGCGAUGCCAUCGACUGAGGAGAUUAGGGAGACAAUGGAGGGCGUCGGUUAUGGAGUUGUGACCACAGCUUCUAUGUCGAUCUUGAUUAAUGGUUCGCCAUCUAAACCGUUCAAAAUGGAAAGGGGAUUGAGACAAGGUGACCCGCUCUCUCCUUUUUUUGUGCUGGUUGUGGAUGUUCUGCAUAGGAUGGUUGGUGAGGCAGUUAGGAAUAGGCGUAUUUCUCCCUUGGUGGUUGUUCGAGACAAUGUGGAGCUAUCACAUCUUCAGUUUGCUGAUGACACCAUUCUGUUUUGCCCACCAGAAGAAGAGACUAUGAAGAAUUACAAGCGGCUGCUGCGACUAUGGGGUUUUAAGGAAUGUACCCUCCCAGUUAAAUACCUUAGAAUUCCUCUAGGAGAAAAUCCGAUGUUGGUCAAGACCUGGAAGCCUAUUAUCGACAAUGUGGAAGAGAAACUAAGCCUUUGGAAAGCUAUGGUGCUGAACAAAGUUGGGAAGUUGGUGCUUAUCACAUCAGUUCUAAAUAGCUUACCAGUGUAUUAUUUGAGCUUAUAUAAGAUGCCGAAGGCUGUUGCUGAGAAAUUGAUCUCCUUACAGAAAAGCUUUCUAUGGAGCAAGGAGGAUGGGAGGAAUAGUAUGGUUUUGGUGAGAUGGAAUUUGGUGUAG